UUUUUUUUAUAUUUGUAAAAUAUGUUGAAGCAAGUUAUUGUCAGACAGAAUACAGCCAAGGUUACUAUUAAGCAAUUUUCUACCAGCUCUGUAGCACUUGCGGGCCGACAAACACCUCGUAGAAAAGCCGAAAAGAAGUUUGAUGUUAGCUUUAUGCCCAAGUUUGACUUUGACGACCAAACUACUAUUGGUCAUAACUUAUUUGAGAACAUCAGAGAAGUUCGUAAAUACUUGAGAAAGACCGAGUUUGAAUUGCCCAAGUUAAAUGCUUAUGCCAAACCUUUUGAAGCACCCAAGGCCGAUCAAAUCCUCAAGUUCAAGUCACACACUUAUUUAGGUGAAGGACAUCCAGUCGAACGCAAAGUUGUUUUGAGUGUCAAUAUUGAUAACUUGAAAUUGAAUGAAACAGAAAAGCACAAGUUUUUAUUAUUGAGUGGGCCUAGAUACAAUGUCAACACAAACGAACUUGUCAUGUCAAGCGAACGAUUCCCUCACCGUAAACAAAACAAAAAGUUUUUGAUCGACACUUUGAAGAAACUCAUUCAAGAAGCCAAGGACACCAAGGAUACAUUCGCUGACAUUCCUCUUAACUUACCAAAGCCAAAACAAAGACUAGAAUUUCCCAAGGAAUGGAUCAAAUCACCUCCUACUGAAAGCGUUAAAAAAACUGCUCAAGUUCUCGAGGAAUUUGUUGAAGCAGCCAAAUCUACAGAAAAUGUCAAAGUUGACGAAAAGACACUUUAAAAAUAACAUAUAUAGAAAAAAGAGCCUCUGUACAAUAAAUCCAUCAUGAAG